UGCCAGCUGCCAGCAAGGGGGAAUCCUGUCUGGAAACACUCUGGAAAUCGAGGCAGCAGCAUGAACCUGAAGAAGUACCUGGUGCGGGCGCUGCACCGCCUGCAGAAGGGCCCUGGCUACACCUACAAGGAGCUGCUGGUCUGGUACUGCGACAACACCAACACCCACGGCCCCAAGCGCAUCAUCAAGGAGGGGCCAAAGAAGAAAUUAAUCUGGUUCUUCCUAACGUUGCUCUUUGCAUCCCUGGUGUUCUGGCAGUGGGGCAUCCUCAUCAACACCUACCUCUCCUACAACGUCACCUCGUCUCUCUCCAUUGGCUUUAAGACCAUGAAGUUCCCUGCAGUCACCAUCUGCAAUGCCAACCCUUUCAAGUACUCAGAGGUGAAGCCCCUGCUGAAGGAGCUGGACAGGCUCAUUGAGGCGGCGCUGGAGAGGAUCCUGCAGCUGGGGAACGGCAGCGAGAACCUGUCCCCAUCACUCAACCUGGAGCUCUGGAACCAGAUCCCCCUGGUCCUCAUCGACGAGCACGACAAAGACAAUCCUGUCAUCCUGGACAUCUUUGAGACCAACCAGACUGCUGUGGGCAACAAAACUGCCUUGGACACCGAAACCAGUGUGAGCAGUGACACUGCUGGGGACAGUGAAACCUUGAGCAACGAAACCACUGCGGGGAACCAAACCACUGCUCCACCUGCCCCAGACAACACCACGGCAGAAGAGAAGAAGUACAAGCUGGCAGUGAAGCUGUGCAGCCAGCAGGGCUCUGACAACUGCACCUACAGGAACUUCAGCAGCGCGGCGCAGGCGGUGAGCGAGUGGUACAUCCUGCAGUCCACAUCCAUCCUCUCCAAGGUGCCGCUGCACGAGAGGAUCAGGAUGGGCUACCAGGCAGAGGACAUGAUCCUGGCGUGUCUCUACGGGGCUGAACCCUGCAACUACAAGAAUUUCACCCAAAUCUACCACCCAGACCAUGGUAACUGCUACAUCUUUAACUGGGGCAUGGAUGAAGAGGCUCUGAACUCUUCCAACCCUGGGGCUGAAUUUGGGCUGAAGCUGAUUCUGGACAUCAGCCAGCAGGACUACAUUCCCUACCUGUCCUCUGCCGCUGGGGCCCGGCUCAUGCUGCACCAACAGAAGAGCUUCCCCUUCCUCAAGGAUCAGGGCAUCUACGCCAUGGCUGGGACAGAAACCUCCAUUGGAGUGCUGGUGGAUGAGCUGGAGCGGAUGGGUUAUCCCUACAGUGACUGCACCAUGAACGGCUCCGACGUCCCUGUCAAAAACCUCUACAGCCAGUACAACACCUCCUACUCCAUACAGGCCUGCCUGCGCUCCUGUUUCCAAAACCACAUGGUGGAGAUCUGUGGAUGUGGGCACUACAUGUUCCCUUUGCCUGAAGGGGUGAAUUACUGCAAUAACGAGGAUAGCCCAGGCUGGGCAUAUUGCUAUUCCUCACUGAGAUCCAGCAUAAAACAGCGCCAGAUCUGCAUUGACUCCUGUAAAGAAACAUGCAAUGACACGCAGUACAAAAUGACCAUCUCCAUGGCGGACUGGCCAUCAGAGGCCUCUGAGGACUGGAUUUUCCAUAUUCUGUCUUAUGAAAGGGAUAUGUCAACAAAUGUGACUCUGGACAGGAAUGGGAUCAUCAAACUGAACAUUUACUUCCAGGAGUACAACUACCGCACCAUCUCGGAGUCAGCUGCCACUACGAUCGUUUGGCUGCUGUCAAGCCUGGGAGGCCAGUUUGGGUUCUGGAUGGGGGGCUCGGUGCUGUGCCUCAUUGAGUUUGGGGAGAUCAUCAUCGACUCGCUGUGGAUCACCAUCAUCAACCUCAUCGGCUGGUGCAAGGGCCUGAGGCAGAGGCGGGCGCGGUACCCGGACGCGCCCCCGACGGUGUCAGAGCUGGUGGAGGCUCACACCAACCUGGGCUUCCAGCCCGAGCCCCCGGGGGCUGUGGCCAGGGCUGAGGCGCUGCCCCCCGAGCCCGGCACGCCCCCACCCAACUACGACUCCCUGCGAGUGCAGCCCCUGGACACGCUCGGCCCCGACAGCGACGCGGACACCGAGUGACCACAGCAUCCUCUCUGCUCCCCCAGGCUCUGCCACUGCUGGACAAGUGUCUGCCUGGCAAAAUUGGGAGAGUAUUAAUUAAUUAAAAAAAUUAGGAGUGAACCCUGCUCACCCUGUCCUCAUGCCUUUAGCCCCAGCUGGCUGCCAGCCCAGGCCAGCAGCAGCAGACAGGGAGCAGCCCCAGAACCCUCCCCAGCAGAGCUGGGGCAGGGGAAGGCUGGGAGAGGCACGGCUGCUGAGCUUCACCCUCCCUCCAGCAGGAGUGAAGGGAACAGAGUGUUCCCUGCAGGACAGGGACAGCUCACCAUUCCAGUCACAGCUGCCUUAUGGAGGUGUCUGACAUCUCAUAAAAGUGGGAAGUGUCUCCAGUGCUUGGCUCCAGCUCUGACCCAGCCCAGCUCUCCCCAGGCAGACCCACAGCAGCCUGAGCCUGCCUGAGCAAGGGUUUCCAGCUGCAGCAGGUGCUCCAGACUCAGCUGGCAUUCCAGUUUUGGGACCUCCCUGGAUUCCACCCCACUGUCUCCCAAGAGAGCACACUAAGGCUAGACCAGCUCUUUCACAAAAAUCUACAUAACAAAUGCUAAUAAAUUCUACAAGAAAGCACCACUUUCCUUAAAUUCCUUAAAAACCUCAUGGUUGUCAGUAGAAUAGUGAAAUUGCACCAGGAACAACCUACAAAGCUGGUUUUAUUCUCAGGGCCCAGCUUGAUCAAGCCUCAAGUGCCAGCUGAAAAGACCCUUCCUGACCCUGCAUUUACAGCAGCCCUGAGCAGUGGCCACUGCCUACAGGCAGCUCCCUCUGUGCUGCAUCUGCCCCAUCACCUCGGACACAGGAGAU